AUGAAUCUGAGCUCGUACUCGUACGCAAGCCAACCCAACUACUCGGGCCGUAACACCCCUCUCCACCCUACCACGCAGUCAGCGAUGUACAGCAGCAGCAGUAACAGCAACAUCAACAUAGGUCACGGCGGUGCGGCACCGUCGCACGCAGCGAUGUACGCCGCCACUGCCACCGCGUCGUCCGCCGGAGCCUCCUCCAAUUACCGCAGCGCGAUACAACCGCAGCAGCAGCAACAGCAGGGCACGCCUUCGUCGUACACUUCCUAUGCUGCUGGUGGUGGUGGUCCGAGCGGACCGACUGCGGCCAACGCGGCGGGGCGCGCCGGUGACAUCUUCUACUCAAGCCCUGCCGUCGCGGGUGCCCUCUCCACAACGGCGGGGCAGCCCGUGUACCAAACAAACGCGCCCCCCACCACCACCCUCUUCCAGAUGGGCCCAUCGCCGUCGGCGCUGACGCAGGCGAAUGCUGGGUCGCAGAUGCUACCCCCCUCUCAGCAGCAGCAUCAGCAACAGCUCAACGUGAACGCGGCGGCGAUGGCGGCCUACGGGAGCCCCGCCACCAACAUCAACAUGGGCUACAAACUUUUCGUGGGUCAGGUACCCGCCGUGUGCACCGAGGAGCAGCUACGGCCGCUGUUUGGCCAGUUCGGCCGUUUGUUGGAAGUCAAGAUUAUGCGGGAGCCGAACGGGCGCAGUCGCGGCAGCGCGUGGGUGCGCUACGAGUCGGAGAUCUCCGCGCAACACGCCAUUGAAGCCCUCAACGAGAAGCACGUCGUGCCGCCGCACACCAACGCCCUGCGCGUGCAAUUCGCCACGCCGAACCAAAACCGACCGCAGGCCCAGCUGAUGCAGAUGCAGCCCGCCCAGCUGCAGCCGGCCGCAACGCGCGCCAUCAGCGCUUUCAUUGCCCAACCUCCUCAGCAGCAGCAGCAGCAGCAGCAGCCGAAUUACACGACGGCGACAUACGCGUCCGCACCGCAGGGCUACGCGGCGGCGCCAAGCACGACAACCACGACGACGGCGUACCUCUCGCAAGGGCAGUACACGCCGCCGAACGUCAUCUCGUAUGGCGGCGGCGAGGGCGCAUUUGCCGUACGGACUUCUCUGCAGAACCCAACUCCGCUCUCGCCUCAGCAGCAGCAGCAACAGCAACACCAAACUCCACCCCAGCAGCAGCAGCAGCAACAGCAGCAACAGCAACAGUUCGCCGGUCAAAUGGAGUACGUCCGGGCUGGCCAGUCGGGCGGCGGCGUGCUGUACACCACAUCUGUCUCUUCGGCGGCGGCUGGUGCCAUGCAACAGGCACAACGGCAAGGGCAGCAACAAGCACAGCAGCAGCCAUCGCCGCAGCAGCAGCAACAACCAUUGGUUUACACGACUGGGGGGCAUGUUCGGACGGGUGUGGUGUACGCCCCCGAAGGAUUUACCGUGAAAAAUCAGAUGCCGUCGACGCAGCAGAAGCAACAACAGCAACAGCAACAGCAGCAGUGGCGCAGUUAG